AUGUUUGGGCUGAAGCUGAAAAAGAAGAAGAAAAAUAAAGCAGAGAAAGGGUUAAUCCUCACCAACAAGGCUGCACAAGAUGGUCAGAGUGAGUCAGAAGUGCCACAGGAGGGGUCUUCCCACCAGGAAGGACCCGGGGGAGACCUGAUUCACGAUGACGCUCCCGUCAUUCCUGCCCCCUCGGUUCCACCGAAGCGAAGAGCAAAACUGCUGACAAAGAUCCACGAUGGGGAGGUCAAAUCUCAGAACUGCCAAAUUGCCAUAACCAUUAUUGAGGCCCGCCAGCUGGUGGGUGAGAACAUUGACCCAGUGGUGACCAUUGAGAUUGGGGACGAGAAGAAGCAAAGCACUGUGAAGGAAGGUACCAACAGCCCGUUUUACAAUGAGUACUUUGUCUUCGACUUCGUUGGACCCCAGGUGCAUCUUUUUGACAAGAUAAUCAAAAUAUCAGUCUUCCAUCACAAGCUGAUCGGAAGCAUCCUGAUUGGCUCCUUCAAAGUGGACCUGGGGACAGUGUACAACCAGCCUGGCCAUCAGUUCUGCGACAAGUGGGCACUGCUCACAGACCCCGGCGACAUCAGGACAGGCACCAAGGGCUACGUGAAGUGUGACAUCAGCGUGAUCGGGAAAGGUGACGUCUUGAAGACCAACCCCAAAACCACUGACGCUGAGGAGCAAAUAGAAAAGAACCUUUUGAUUCCCCAAGGAUUUCCAUCAGAGAGGCCCUGGGCCAGAUUUUAUGUGAGACUCUACAGAGCAGAAGGGUUGCCCAAAAUGAACUCCAGCAUUAUGGCGAAUGUCACCAAAGCAUUUGUGGGUGACAGUAAGGAUCUCGUGGAUCCCUUUGUGGAGGUGUCCUUUGCUGGGCAGAUGGGGCGAACCUCUGUGCAGAAGAACUGUGCUGAUCCCGUGUGGCAUGAACAGGUGGUCUUCAAGGAAAUGUUUCCUCCCUUGUGCCGGAGGGUGAAAAUCCAGGUUUGGGAUGAAGGCAGCAUGAAUGACGUAGCUCUGGCGACCCACUUCAUCGACCUGAAGAAAAUCUCCAAUGAGCAGGAUGGAGAUAAAGGCUUUCUCCCCACAUUCGGCCCUGCCUGGGUUAACCUGUAUGGCUCUCCCAGGAACCACAGUCUGAUGGACGACUACCAGGAAUUGAAUGAGGGCUUUGGGGAAGGUGUGUCCUUCAGGGGCCGAAUCUUGGUCGAAAUUGCUGUGGAAAUCCUCUCUGGUGGGGCCCAAGAGUCUAAAUUUUCCAAGGCCCUGAAGGAGCUGAAGUUUUCGUCCAAGGACAAAGACUCCAAGUCCUCCAAAGGCUCAAGUAAGGAUAAGACUGAAAAGGCCGAUGAUGGGAAACCCCAGCAGGCUUCCGACAAAACCAACUCCACAGAGGCUGAGGUGGAAUCUUUUGAUGUCCCCCCAGAGAUUAUACCAGAAAAAUAUGAAGAAUUUUUACUCUUUGGAGCAUUUUUUGAGGCUACCAUGAUUGACCGGAAGAUUGGCGACAAGCCCAUCAGCUUUGAAGUGUCAAUUGGUAAUUUUGGGAACCUUAUUGAUGGAGGGUCCCAUCACGGGAGCAAGAAAAAGUCAACUGAGCUGGCUGAAGAAGAUGCAGUUCCUCUGCUUCAUGAGGGAGAAGGGACCCAUGACACUGCCAUUUCCAUGGCAUCCACCACUCCCCCGGAGAAGCCCCUGGUGACAGAAGGGAACAGGAAUUACAACUACUUGCCAUUUGAUGCCAAGAAGCCCUGCGUCUCCUUCAUCAGUUCCUGGGGAGACCAGACCUUCAGGCUGCACUGGUCCAACAUGCUGGAGAAACUGGCCGAGCUCCUGGAAGAAAGUACAGAAGAAGUAAGAGAGUUGACCAAGGUUUCAGAGGAGGUGUCGGAGGCGAGGAUGAAGACCGUGUUCUCUGACUUCAUCAGUCAAAGCAGCGCCUUUAUCUCUGAAGCAGAAAAAAAGCCCAAGAUGUUGAACCAAACCACUCUAGAUAAGAAACGACUGACGCUCUGUUGGCAAGAGCUGGAGGCAAUGGCCAAGGAGGCCAAAGGGAUCAUUCAGCAGCAGAAGAAAAAGUUAUCUCUGGAUGAAAUGAUCCAUGAAGCCCAAAACUUUGUGGAGAAAAUCCGCUUUCUUGUAGAUGAGCCGCAGCACACAAUCCCCGAUGUCUUCAUCUGGAUGCUUAGUAACAACAAGAGGGUGGCAUAUGCCCGGAUUCCUGCCAAGGACCUGCUCUAUUCCCCCAUCACAGGGCAGAUGGGCAAGCACUGUGGGAAGAUCAAGACUCACUUUCUCAAACUUCCUGGGAAACGGCCCGCUGGUUGGUCGGUGCAGGCAAAGGUUGAUGUGUACCUGUGGCUGGGCUCCACCAGGUAUUCCGGUGCCAUUUUGGACAACUUGCCAGCAGGCUAUGAAGCAGAAAUGCCCUCCAAAGUGGCCGGUACCCAUCACCCUCCAUCUACCCUGCUCUACCAAGCCCGGCAUAUCUUCCAGCUGAGAGCACACAUGUACCAAGCCCGGGGCCUCAUUGCAGCGGACAGCAGUGGCCUUUCAGACCCCUUCGCCAAAGUGACUUUCCUGUCCCACUGCCAGACCACGAAGGUCAUUUCCCAGACUCUGUCCCCAACCUGGAAUCAGAUGCUGCUCUUCAACGAGUUGGUUCUGCAUGGCGAGGAGAAGGAGCUCAUGGAAUCCCCACCCCUUGUGGUGGUGGAGCUCUAUGACAGCGAUGCAGUGGGGAAGCCAGAAUAUUUGGGUGCCACGGUGGCUGCUCCCAUUGUGACUCUAGCUGACCAGAACUACGAGCCGUCCAAGCUGUGCUAUCACCCCAUCUUCUGUGGGAGCCUCUGUGGAGGAGACCUCCUGGCUGUGUUUGAAUUACUGCAGGUCCCUUCCUCUGGGCCACAGGCGCUCCCUCCCAUUGACCCACCAGACAUCACCCAGAUCUACCCUGUUCCCGCCAACAUCCGGCCAGUGCUGAGUAAAUAUCGCGUGGAGGUUCUCUUCUGGGGAGUCCGAGAACUGAGGAAGGUGCAGUUGCUCUCAGUUGACCGCCCACAAGUUCUCAUCGAGUGCGGGGGACGUGGGGUGAAGUCCUGUGUGAUCCAGAGCUACAAGAACAACCCCAACUUCAGCGUGCAGGCAGAGGCCUUUGAAGUGGAGCUGCCAGAGAACCAGAUCCUGCACCCGCCACUGAGCAUCUGCGUCGUGGACUGGAGAGCCUUCGGGAGGAGCACUCUCGUGGGCACGCAUACCAUCAACUGCCUAAAGCAAUUUCUGUGCAAAUCCAGAGAGCCCCUUGCCUUGACCUCACAGACAGACGGCGCUCAGGCUGAGCCAGAUACUUCAGAUUCACUAAUAGCAACCGAGUCUUCUGGAUUCCUCGGGGCUUCCCAGAAUCCCCCAGCUGAUCAUAUCUAUGUGGAUGUUGAACCGCCCCCCACUGUGGUACCUGACUCUGCCCAAGCCCAGCCAGCCGCCUUGGUGGACGUACCCGAUUCCUCCCCCAUGCUGGAGCCUGAACUCAACACUGAAACCCGGGAGCCACCAAAGGAUGGGAAAGCUAAGGAUCCCAGGAAACCUUCUCGGAGAUCCACCAAAAGGAAAAAGAGGACCAUAGCCGAUGAAUCUGCUGAAAAUGUCAUUGACUGGUGGUCUAAGUACUACGCCUCCCUGAAGGUGGUACAGAAGGCAAAGGAGAGCAACUGUAAUGAGAAAAAAGACAGUGCAGAGACAAAACCUAAUGAGGUCGUGUUAGAUAUAGAAGAUGGCCCAAAGAAGAAGAAAGACAAAAUGCUCAAGAAGAAACUCAAAGAUGAUAGAAAUGAGGAGAUCCCAAACCUGGCUGUCUUGAAGAUAUACGAUGGUGAGCUGGAGAGUGAAUUCAACAAUUUUGAAGACUGGGUGAAAACCUUUGUGCUCUUCAGAGGCAAAUCUACAGAAGACGAUCAUGGUCUGGAGGGGGACAGAGUUAUAGGGAAGUUUAAGGGCUCUUUCUGCAUCUACAAAAGCCCAAAGGAUUGUGGCUCGGAGGACAGCGGGCAGCUGAGAAUCCAGCAAGGGAUUCCCCCCAACCACCCAAUCCAAGUGCUGGUCAGAGUGUACAUUGUUGCGGCAUUUAAUCUCAGCCCGGCUGAUCCAGAUGGAAAAUCUGACCCCUACAUUGUGCUCAAACUUGGCAAAACAGAAAUCAAAGACCGGGACAAAUACAUCCCCAAGCAACUGAAUCCUGUGUUUGGAAGGUCAUUUGAGAUCCAGGCCACUUUCCCAAAGGAGUCACUGCUCUCCGUCCUGAUCUAUGACCAUGACAUGAUUGGGACAGAUGACCUCAUUGGAGAGACCAAGAUUGACCUGGAGAACCGCUUUUACAGCAAACACCGAGCCAUCUGUGGUUUGCAAAGCCAGUAUGAAAUAGAGGGUUACAACGCCUGGAGGGACACGUCCAAACCCACAGAAAUUCUCACCAAGCUCUGCAAGGACAACAAGCUGGACGGACCAUACUUUCGCCCUGGGAAGAUACAGAUAGGAAACAAGGUCUUUUCUGGCAAAACUGUCUUCACUGAAGAGGAUACUGAGGAGACAGUGGAGUCUCAUGAGCACUUGGCCCUCAAGGUUUUACACUCUUGGGAAGAUAUCCCUGGGGCCGGAUGUAGACUUGUUCCUGAACACAUAGAAACUCGGCCACUGUACCACAAGGAUAAGCCAGGAAUGGAACAGGGCCGCCUGCAAAUGUGGGUGGACAUGUUUCCCAAGGAUCUGCCUCAGCCUGGUCCACCUGUUGACAUUUCACCGAGGAGACCCAGAGGGUAUGAACUGAGGGUGACUAUCUGGAACACUGAAGAUGUCAUUUUAGAAGAUGAGAAUAUCUUCACGGGUCAAAAAUCAAGUGAUAUUUAUGUCAAAGGUUGGAUCAAGGGGUUAGAAGAUGACAAACAGGAGACAGACGUGCAUUACAACUCCCUGACUGGAGAAGGGAACUUCAACUGGCGCUUCCUGUUUCCGUUCCAGUAUCUGCCUGCUGAGAAGCAGAUGGUCAUCACCAAGAGAGAAAACAUCUUCUCCCUCGAGAAGAUGGAGUGCAAGACCCCAGUAGUGCUGGUGCUCCAGGUUUGGGAUUUUGAAAGACUGUCCUCAGAUGAUUUCCUAGGCUCCCUGGAAAUGAACCUCAACAGCUUUCCUCGGGCAGCCAAGUCGGCCAAAGCCUGCGAUCUCUCCAAGUUUGAAAACGCAAGUGAGGAGAACAAGAUCUCUAUCUUCCAGCAAAAGCGCGUGCGUGGCUGGUGGCCUUUCGCUAAGAGCAAAGAGCUCACAGGCAAGGUUGAAGCUGAGUUUCACCUGGUUACAGCAGAAGAAGCUGAGAAAAACCCUGUGGGGAAAGCCCGAAAGGAGCCUGAGCCCUUGGCCAAGCCCAACCGCCCAGACACCUCCUUCUCGUGGUUUGUGAGCCCCUUCAAGUGCCUGUACCACCUCAUCUGGAGGAAAUACAAGAAGUACAUCAUCAUCGCCUUCAUCCUCAUCAUCCUCAUCAUCUUCCUGGUCCUCUUUAUCUACACCCUGCCGGGAGCCAUCAGCCGAAGGAUUGUCGUGGGCUCUUAGGGACAGUGGGGGACCCACUCAUCCCCUUGCCACCAAUCUUCUCCCCUGUGACCUUGUAAGACCCAGUGCUGCGGGAAGCACUAUGCUGAAUGCUAAGGGGACACACUGAAGUGCUCCAGACAGAUCAUCCCUUUUCCUAGGAGAUGAGACCUUGAUAUUCCCUCCCUGUUCCAGCACCUUCCACCAUCUUUCAAAUGUAUAUCCAUGAGCAGCGCAAAGGAAUGACUCACUCGC